AAAAGAUUUUUUUACUUAAAGUUUCUGCACACACCAUGUCGAAUACUGAAGAGAUUCAGGUGCAAAUCCGCGAAAGAACCGACGAAGACGCAGACUAUGAGCGUCCUGCCAUUCUGCAGGAGAGUGAGCAUGAAGGUUCUGACCAAGGAUCCGGAGACGAAUCCGAAUCCGAAGAAGAGGAAGAAGAAAGUGAAGACGAGGAGGAGGACGAAAACGCUGCUAUGCUCACACCCGCCGUCGACUCUCAAAUUCUACGCACAAUUGCAGCUAUUCAAACCAAAGAUCCCCGUGUGUACGAUGCCAACAACAAGUUUUUCAAUGAACAAGAUUUGGCCACUGCGAAACAGAAUUUCUUGAAAAAAAAAAAACUAAUGGAGGCAGGAGACAACAAGAAAAGCUAUACGCUCAAGGAUUAUGAGCGCGAAGUAUUGCUUGAACAUGGUGGCUAUGUCAAUGAAGAAGAAGAACAAGUAGAUAAUGGACCUCGAUCACAUUAUCAAGAACAGAGGGAUAUCAAGAACGAGUUCUUGAACGCUGUCAAGGCCGUAGAUUCAGAAGAGUCUGAUGAUGACGAUGAAGGAUUGGGUGGCGGCUUGUUAGAGAAGCGGAUCAAGACCAAAGAAGAAGAAGAGGAAGAAGAUGCCAAGUAUCGUAAUUUCAUGCUUCAGAACAUUGCGUCUGAUGAAGCUACUGCCAAAGCCUUCAAAGAUUGGAACGAUAAUUAUAAGGAAAACCCCAACGUCAGCAAAGACGAUGCAUUUCUGAUUGACUAUGUUUUGAACCGUGGUUGGGUAGAAAAGCCGAGUGACAAAAAGCAAGGAACACAGGGCGGUCUCGACAAGGAUGUUGAUGAAGAGCAUCUCGAUGAAGUGGAUCGUUUCGAAAGCAAAUAUAACUUUCGCUUUGAGGAAGAGGGAGGCGCAUCACUGGUAUCCCACUCUCGUAACGUUGAGGAAUCUGUACGAAGGAAGCUGAACAAGCGUCAAAAAGAACGUGAGCGCAAGAAACUCAAAAGAGAAACCAUGAUCCGUGAAAAGAACGAAGAACUUGGCCGUGCUCGUAAUCAAAAGAUGAAGGAAAUCCACGAUCGAUUGAAGGAAAUUCGAGAUAUCACUGGCAACGACGCCAUGGGCCUGGAUAACUUGGAUCUGGAAGGAGACUUUGAUCCGACCAAAUACGACGAGCAGAUGGAAAAGAUGUUUGGUGAAGACUACUAUGAAAAUGGACUAGCAGACGAUGCCAAACCAACGUGGAACGACGAUAUUGAUACGACCAUGUACGAAGAUGAAGAAGGGGAUCAAUUUUAUGAGGCUCAAGAUCAUCAGUCGGAUGAAGACGUCAUGAUGGAUGCCGAUUACCUCCCUGGUGGUGACGAAUAUGAAGCAACCAGAAGCAAGCGGAAACGCGGUGUCGAUGUCCAAGUUGAACAGGCACAGAAGAAGCAAAAGACCAAGGAGCUUCUGGACGAAUAUUACUCGCUUAAUUUUGAAGAUGUCAUUGGUGGUGAUUUGCCCACGCGUUAUAAAUACAGAAAAGCUGAACCAGAGAACUUUGGCUUGUCUGCAGAGGAAAUUUUGCUUGCUGACGAUGUUGAGCUGAACAAAUACGUAGGCAUGAAGAUGCUGGCACCAUACCGCAACGAACGCAAACUGCAGCACGAGAGGUGGAUAUUUAAUAAAAACCGAAAUAUGAAAUACAAGGAUUUCAGCAAACACAUACAGGCCAAGUUGCAGGAAGUAGACCCGGAGGCAUCGUCAUCGUCCAAGAAGUAUCACAAGAAUUCUAACGACGGAGAAGUGAAAAAGUUGCGAAAGCGAAGAGGCAAGAAGAAGAAACAAACAGCUGAUGAAGCAUAAUCGUAUCGGUAGCAGAUAAACCACAACAACAAUAUACACGCAUAUACACUCGCACGCAAUCUGUAACAUUUGCAUUAUUUAUGUACAAUUUCUUUUUACUUUAUAAACAAACGCAUCUUUUUUUUUAACCAUUAAGCGCCU